UCAACCGCUCUCUUACCCCAGACAAGGCAGACCCAGGUGGGCUUUUGGAACCGUUUUCUUAGCAAACAACCCCCCAAACAAAUCCGCAAUCAUGACCAGGAAAUUCUUCGUUGGUGGAAACUGGAAGAUGAACGGCGACAAGAAAAGCCUGGGGGAGCUGAUCCACACCAUGAACGGAGCCAAGGUUGACCCCAAUGUCGAGGUUGUGUGCGGUGCUCCCGCCAUCUACCUGGACUUUGCCGUGUCCAAGCUGGACCACAAGUUCGGCGUGGCUGCUCAGAACUGCUACAAAGUCGCCAAGGGUGCCUUCACUGGGGAGAUCAGCCCUGCGAUGAUCAAGGACUGCGGUGUGCACUGGGUGAUCCUGGGACACUCUGAGAGGCGCCAUGUCUUUGGAGAGAGCGAUGAGCUCAUUGGUCAGAAGACCGCUCAUGCUCUGGAGAACGGCCUGGGUGUGAUCGCCUGCAUCGGUGAGAAGCUGGACGAGAGAGAGGGCGGCAUCACCGAGAAGGUCGUCUUCGCUCAGACCAAGGUCAUCGCAGACAAUGUAAAGGACUGGAGCAAGGUCGUGCUCGCCUAUGAGCCAGUCUGGGCCAUUGGCACCGGCAAGACCGCCUCCCCACAGCAGGCUCAGGAAGUGCAUCACAAACUGAGGGAGUGGAUGAAGAAGAACGUGUCUGAGGCUGUUGCCAACUCUGUGAGGAUCAUCUAUGGAGGCUCUGUGACUGGUGGUACCUGCAAAGAGCUCGGCUCCCAGGCUGACGUUGAUGGUUUCCUUGUGGGUGGAGCUUCCCUGAAGCCCGAGUUCAUUGACAUCAUCAAUGCCAAGCAAUAAAAACCUGUUAGACUGUGACAAGACCAUGUCCAGAUCCAAGGCCAACUCCAUUCAGACGAUCCAUCAAUCCCUUACACUCAGCACUUAUUCCCCACCCCCUUUUUAUUCAAAGUAUGUGUUAUGCUGUCAUUCCCUCCUUAUCGUUUUGGUAUAUUUCUUCCUGAAGAAAAGGGACAGGUUGACACAUGCACUGUGCUGCACUGAAAAGCUCACUGAAAUAGUCUGUGUGCAUACUAACUUCCACACCAAGUGCUCAAGCUGUAAAGACUGAUAAUUACACCUUGAGGUGGACGGGCAGUCCACGCCUUUACUUGAAGCGUUUACCAACUACUGUGUUAACAGUGUCACGGCUCUUGUCAAUCAGAUGUAUUUGUCUUUUUAAUGUCUGUCUCUAUUGUGUAAUUAUGAGAUUCUGUGGCUUUUUACCUCCCUGUAGAUGUGCAUGAUCCAUGGUCUGAUUGGCUCUUUUGCCAAGAGGGAAGCAUCCAUUACAUGUCCAUCAUAUUGUGUCAUGGCCGAUGGGUACGAGGGUGUGAAGGCUGUAAGAAAACAUAAUAAACAAAUUAGAGAUGGUUUAA